AGGCGCGGACUGGCGGGCGCUGCGGGAGGAGCUCGCCGAGCUCGAGCUGCUGGCGAGGCAGGGCAUGCUCGCCGAGGCGGCGCCCGCGGGCGGCGUGGCCGCGGCAAGGACCGACCCUGCGGCGGCGGGCGCGUGCACUGCCUGGCGCGUGCCCCCUGGGGCGCGUGGCCGCGGCCGCGGCCUCGCUGCUGCUGUGCAUCAUGACCGGAGGCGAAUGUAAGCAGUGGUGGGCGGACGCGGCCCACGAGAUGCGCCAGGACGCCCUGAGUGUAGUCGAGUGGACGUCGACAACGUGGCCUGUGCUGCACCUCUUGGGGCACGUCGCCGUCGCCGUGGCCGAGGAAGGGGGGAUCCGACCUGCGACGAUAUUGACGGUGACGCCGACUGGCCCGUGCUGCGCCGGGAGGCUCAGGACAGACGUCUUUGGAGAAGGGACGAACGAGGGCAUCAGAGCGAUCUUCGGCACCACUCUGAGCAAGCCAUUUGACACCUCUUGUCCAGCUGGGUUCCAGUGGGUGGCCACCGUGAAGAUGUCCCUCUGCGCGCGCCUGGAGGUCAAGUGCGCGCGGGGCACCGCAUCGGCGCGACGCCCCGAGGAGGUGGAGGUCACGGUCCGCCUCGGGGUUUUGUGUGCUAUCGCUGGGGGGCCAAAGCGCCGGGGCCAAAUGUCGGGGGGACUUGCAGGCGAGGCUCUCUGGGCCAG